AUGAGCAAAAACCCCAUCCCCCAAGACCAGCGUCUCUAUUCCGGCAGCGCCGCCCAGGGCAGUGCGAGUUUGACUACCUCAAGCCCCAUCCAUCCUCAUCAGCAGCAACUUGCUCUCUCGGGCGACAUCGAGGCGAGCGCUGCGAGUAGCACUGUCUGGCCCCAUAUCCUUACCGACCCCAACCCUCAGGGCGACAAAGUAACCCCGCCCCCUGCCGCCUUCGCUCACCUCUCUCCAAGUGCCGCUCGACAGAGAAUUAGCAUCGGCGAUCUCAUGGGGAUCCCAACUGUCGUCAACCCACAGCAGUAG